AUGCAACGACAACGAGACAAUGAGGCCACGGACCUGCACAAUGAUCUUGUUCGAAAGUACAAGAAACAUGGCGCUGUCAUCAAUGAAAUCUGGAGAGAUUUUGGUAAGAUCUUUCCCGAAUGGAAUUUGCGCGACUUGACUGAACGGCCCGAACAUUUUCUGAGCAUGCUAGAGCACCGCAUCGAGAAAACGCCUAUGGAGCAGUACUGUUACGGGCUUAACGGUGGUAAGGGUGAUGCUGAUAUCAUUCAGGAGCGCAUGCGGACGCAAGGUCUACGUCCGCCUGCAUCUGAAAAGGACUGUGAUAUCGGCCAGCUGAUCUUAAAACGUCAAGUCACCUUGCUGCGGUCACUCAACAUCCUCAUUGACGAUAUCUUGGAUCAGGGCUCGAAGACGCGGAGUAACGCCCAGCGCCCUAAGGAGCCAGAGGAGAUAACCACUGCGGCAUUCUCAAAAUUGAGCAUCUCACAAUCCCCCGCCAAGCUUUCUCUAGCCGACCUCGUCAAGGCUGCCUGCGAUCAGGCGGCUUUGUUCAAGGAACGCAUAGAGCUCCGCUCAGAGCCGGUUGUUCUUGCACACGACGUCAGUUUCUGGUUCUGCAGCCGGCCAGAGAUCCUCCUAGACGAGAAAGGACGUCGUUUGCCGGUGGUUUCCGACAAGUAUGUAAGUGCCAGCGUCUUCGACGCUGUCCAUAAUGCCGUCAAGGCGGCGGUUCUGUGGAAUUACAUGCAUCAGCUCCUCGAGCGUUUCGAAAGCUUGAGCCAAGACAAAGCCCACCGGACUAUCCUGCUACAGAAGAUAGCCAACGCCGCCCAGCUCGCUUACGUCUCCGUCCAGGCCUUAUUCAAGCGGCAUAUUCAGUCGCAUUCGGGCAGCAAGUGGUACAAGCGGAUGUCUAAUGUGUAUGGCAGCGUUGGCAACGCGCGUGUGACGCUCAAAGGCAAUCCAGGCGAUUUGACGCGAAGCGAUCCUCAACUUCACUACAUGCUCCGGCUCUGCCACCGUGAUACCACUGCAGCCAAGGCCGUCGAUUGGCUAAAGAAGUUGGGCGAUCUUCAUCAGGCUCAUCCCGAAAAGCGGGAGAAACUGGUCGAGAGUGAGUUCGAGUCUCUUUGUGACCUGGCCACCACAGUCACCUUCAUCCAAGAUGUGACCAGUACAAUCUCAACGCCAGCUCCAUCCCGCAAAAUGGGGCAAUUGUUCGUCUCCAGGUCCCAAGAGCUGGAGAAAGAAUUGAACGAGCUCAAGACCGGCGUUGAUCUGAGGGACUUUGUCGUCCCCGUCGACAACCUUCUAGAGCCGGGGAUGACCGCCGAAGCUUUAGAGAACCUCAACCAGUUUAUGGUUGACAAUGCCGGUGCCAAGCUUGGUGCGCUUUACGAAGAUCUUGUUUUCGAAUGCUUCUCCGACCUUGAGAAUCAGUAUGAACAGUACAAAGUCAAGAUCAGCCAAGGCCAAAAGGAGUGGACACCGCUUCCGGUGCCUGCCCCCAAGCCGCGAGAAACUCUAGUGGAGCAGCGGAAGGAGAAGGAAAAGACUCGUCCGGCCCAAGUAUCUGCCUUUGAGGUCAGUCCUCAGGCAAAUGUGUCGACUACAGAGCCGGUCGUUGAAAAACAGACUUUUGAAGUCUCACCGGCGACUGCCGAGGUUUUCAACGCCCUCUUCAAGAAGUCAGAGUCCCGAGGUGCGGUGAACUGGACGGCCUUUGAAGGCGCCAUGGUCGAGCUCGGGUUUUCGGUCCUGCCCAAGCACGGCUCGGUUUUCACUUUCAUGCCACCCGAUAGUAUGGCAGUGAAGAGGCCGUUCACCAUUCACCGACCUCGCAAGUUUCAGAUUGAAGGGUACAUGACGCUGGUGUACUCUCGGCGGCUCGCGAGGGCGUACGGAUGGGAUGAGAAGACAUUUUCAGUUGCGUGA